UUGAAAGAAUAUUCCCAGAAGGCUGUGGAAAUUCUCCGAACCCAAAACCAUAUUCUUACUAAUCAUCCCAACUCCAACAUCUACAACACUUUGUCUGGUUUGGUGGAGUUUGAUGGUUAUUACCUAGAGAGUGAUCCCUGCUUGGUGUGUAACAACCCGGAAGUGCCAUUCUGUUAUAUCAAACUGUCAUCCAUCAAGGUGGAUACCCGUUACACCACCACUCAGCAGGUGGUGAAGCUCAUUGGUAGCCAUACCAUCAGCAAAGUGACAGUGAAGAUUGGUGACCUGAAGCGGACCAAGAUGGUGCGAACCAUUAAUCUAUAUUACAACAACCGAACAGUGCAGGCCAUCGUGGAGCUGAAAAAUAAGCCAGCUCGUUGGCACAAAGCCAAGAAAGUACAGUUGACCCCAGGGCAGACAGAGGUGAAGAUUGACCUGCCACUGCCCAUUGUGGCCUCUAAUCUGAUGAUUGAGUUUGCAGACUUCUAUGAAAACUACCAGGCCUCCACAGAGACCCUGCAAUGCCCUCGAUGUAGUGCCUCUGUUCCUGCCAAUCCUGGGGUCUGUGGCAACUGUGGAGAGAAUGUCUACCAGUGUCAUAAGUGCAGGUCCAUUAACUAUGAUGAGAAGGAUCCCUUCCUAUGCAAUGCCUGUGGCUUCUGUAAAUAUGCUCGUUUUGAUUUCAUGCUUUAUGCCAAACCCUGCUGUGCUGUGGAUCCCAUUGAGAAUGAAGAAGAUCGAAAGAAGGUGAGCAAUGAUGUCAUCUCAUUUUACUUUAGAUGGAACUGUCGGGGUAAGGGAUAAUUAGCUUUUUGAGA